UUUCCUGGGUACUGUCCAAUCGGAAAGUAGAAGGCCAGUUGUACUCUUGGUAUUUGAACAGGAGCUGUCCAAUGAGGCGGAGUAUGAGAGGGUCGUGCCGAGUGAUUGAUAAUUCCGUCAGCCAAUAAGGAUUACUGGCUCUGUCGCCUCAGAAAAAUCUUCAUAACUACAUCUCCAGUUGGGUCUGUACAAAAUCGCGUAAAAACUCAUGACUCUAUUUUUUUUUAAAUAAAAUUUUUUGGGUUUUGAAACUGAAGGUGUUAAAAGCGAAGACCGGCACGACGGACAGCUCCGAACCCGUUGCAGAACAAAAGUCCCCUGAGCAGGGCGGUGUCAGCCCUGGGCCAGCCGAGCCGCUGCUCAUUGGCCCCACGGUUCUCAUGAUAGACAUCGCCUCCGCCCAAUGGCGUCCCGCACUGGAGGUGGGUCUCACAAGGAGGCCCAGAGGAGCCUGCGUCGGCUCCACCAAUAGAGUCAAAGCAAGGGGCGUGGCGGGAGGUUUGAAACUCGGCGUCGGGAGUUGAGGCUCCAGCUGCGGUGCACCCAGAAGAGGAAUCGGGGCCUGGCAUCCCCUCCUCGCCCCCGGCCGGGCCCUGCCCCACCUUAUUCCUCCUGGAUGAGAUGGGCUCAGCCAAGAGCGCCCCGGUCACCCCCGCGCGGCCUCCGCCGCACAACAAGCUCCUGGCCCUGGUGGCGGACCCGCGUUCACCCAGUGCCGGCAUCCUGCGCACUCCCAUCCAGGUGGAGAGUUCUCCACAGCCCAACCUACCAGCAGGGGAGCAGCUGGAGGGUCCUGAUCAGGCCCAAGACUCAGAUCCCCGCUCUCCUACCCUUGGCAUUGCACGCACACCUAUGAAGACCAGCACCGGAGAACCCUCGAGCCCACUGGUGAAGCAGCUGAGUGAAGUAUUUGAGACCGAAGCCCCCAGAUCGAAUCUGCCCCCAGAGCCUGUUCUGCCCUUAGAGGCAACUUCAUCUUCUGAAUUGGACUUGCCUCUGGGCACCCAGUUUUCCCUUGAGGACCAGACGCCACCCUGCAGCCAGGCUGAGCUCCCCUCCAAGCAGGUGUUCUCCAAGGAGGAAGCAGGACAACCCUCAGAAACCCCCAUGGCCAGCCAGGGCUCGGACAAGCCUUCAAGAGACCCUGAGACGCCCCGAUCUUCAGGUUCUAAGCACAAUAGACGGAAAGCAAAUGGCAAGGUACUAGGGAGAUCUCCCCUCACCAUCCUACAGGAUGACAACUCCCCCGGAACUCUGGCACCACGACAGGGUAAGCGGCCUUCUGCCCUGAGUGAAAAUGCUAGGGAGCUAAAGGAAGGGGCCAUUCUGGGAACUGGACGACUUCUGAAAACUGGAGGCCGAGUAUGGGAGCAGGGCCAGGACCAGGACAAGGAAAAUCAGCACUUUCCAAACUUGGUGGAGAACUAGGCCGAGCGUGGCCCCAGCACUGGCUUCACCAGGGGCAGAGUGAUGUUGCGUCCCCUCCAUCCCAUCUUUUCCUGGGAGACUGGAAAGUGGAAAGGCUCGUUGUCUUCAACUCCCCUAAACUCCUGGCUCGGGGACUCAGCGCUUUCUUGGGCUUUGUGACUCAUGUGUUUCUUGUAUAUUAAAGAAAGUGGUUUUAAA